AGACAAUUAUAAAUGCACAGUAUGAGAAGCCCUUCUGAAGCUUAUAUUUACUACACUUUUAGAUUUAUUAUAUUUCAUAGGUUCUGCUUCAUUCUGCUUGGAAUAAAAUCUAAGCAAAGAAUGUAACUUUCAUUAACAAUGGAACGCACUUAAAUCUUAAGUUUCUAACUUCGGAAACUACAGAAAACUACAGUAUGGUGGUUUGCAAAUCAAUUUACCAAACGUACAGUUACAGAAGGCAUCAUAAUGUAGUUACUUUAGGUCUGGAAGUCAAACGAUCACAGUAGAUGUUGUAGCUCUAUCGCUUAGCUCUUUUCCACUUCUUCAUCUGUGACUGAGAUAGGUGGAAUUGAAGUUCCUUCUAGCUUUAAAAUUUUAAACUUACUCCAUCCUAUUGUGGCUUUACAGUCAAAAGAAUUUUGGAAGUGUUUUCCUUGCUUGGGCUAUAUUAAAGCGUUCACAUUUUAAAAUUUAACAAAUUAUUAUUGUACCAUAACAUUUGAAAGGGAUUAAAUCAAUUAGACCAACUGAUCUCAUUCCGCUGAGAAUUGGCCUGAGGCAAUACCACCAUCUGGUGGUUUCUCUUCAAACAUAAUUUUCUAGAAGACGGUUUGGCCUCUCAUCAACUUUAGAUAUGCCUAUUUUAGGAAACAAAUUUAAUAAUGUUGCAUAUGUUUAAGUUAACUAAUGCUUAUGUAAUUGGUCUUAAAAACUUGUAAUUCAAUACAUUCUCCCAACAAGUAUUUGUUUAGUGCCCAAGUGUAAGAACAAAAGAGCAAACAAAAACACUUGAAUUCAUAGAUGUAAUAGUCUAGUGAGAGAAAGUAGACAGAUAAGCAUAAUAAGUAAAUUAUGUUAACUGGUAAGUUCUAUUAAAUAUCAGGAUAAGGGGGAUGUAGGAUAGGUUGCAAUUUCAAAUAAAAUCUGAGCAAAGACUUGAAAGAGGUGACGUCAAUUCUACACGCUUGUCUCAAGAAUAAAAUUCCACUGACUUACAAUCUAAGUAUCCAGUUUUAAUUCUAGCGUGCUGCUAUAAUUCUGCUUCCUCAAAUGUUCCUUUCUAGUAAGCAGGGACUGCAAUACCAGGUCAAUAUUAAAAAGAAGGAUAUUAACAUAUUAACAGGAUAAUAAAAUAUUAACAAGAAGGACUGCAUUUUGAAAAAUGACGCUGCCCUAAAGAUACAUACCUUUCCAAGAGUAAUGACUUUAGUAUGAGGAAAGGUACAGGUGGAAGAAAGAAGGGGCUCUAACGCUGACCCUACAGACCACUGCGACGCCUGAAAUCUCGAUAGCGGUCUCACUGUAAGGCUGCUCCGCAAUGGUGACGCAGGGCUCUUCCUAUCACUACUAUGUAGUUCUAUUUCCUGAUCCGAGAAAGGAACGGCGGAAAAUCAGGUAAACCCCGCAGGGUGCUUCUGGACCAGGAAUUUUCUGUGACGCCGCAACCUGCGCCCGGGUCCAGUCAGACAGCCGCAUCCAGGUCCGACGCGCAUUCCUGGUUGGCGGAUUCGUCACUUCUUGGUGUCAGAAGUUAAAAUGAAAAUUCACAGUUCCCUACUUCGGAAGCCCUUCUUGUCCAAGAAAACAGAAGCAAGAGCAACUCCAAGUCCUUGAAUCUUUUUUUUUCUCUCGUGGCUUCCACAAUAUCUACACCCUGUCUGCCGGGGACUUGCGUCGAAAGUGACGACGCGGACGCUCAGGCCUCGGUUUCCAGCGCGCAGUCGCGGCGGCCCCUCGCUCCCGCCCUUGCCGGGAGGUCCGACGUGGAAGUUGCUGGCUGACCAAGCUUCCAAAGAAACUGUCUGGGAGCUAAGAGUCCGAGCCGGAGCCGGAGCGCAGGCCUAGGCGAGGGGAGGUGGCGGCGCCAAGACUCGAAUAGGAGUCGCUGCCGAGGUCGGGGCCAGUCUCUGACAGUCGACGAGGGCGGACAGGCGGUUCAUCAUGGGUGGCUUUUUCUCAAGCAUUUUUUCCAGUCUGUUUGGAACUCGGGAAAUGAGGAUUUUAAUUUUGGGAUUAGAUGGAGCAGGAAAAACUACAAUUUUGUACAGAUUACAGGUUGGAGAAGUUGUGACUACUAUUCCUACCAUUGGAUUUAACGUUGAGACAGUAACAUACAAGAACCUUAAGUUCCAGGUCUGGGAUUUGGGAGGACAGACAAGCAUCAGGCCAUACUGGAGAUGUUAUUAUUCAAACACAGAUGCAGUCAUUUAUGUAGUAGACAGUUGUGACCGAGACCGAAUUGGCAUUUCCAAAUCAGAGUUAGUUGCUAUGUUGGAGGAAGAAGAGCUGAGAAAAGCAAUUUUAGUGGUGUUUGCAAAUAAGCAGGACAUGGAACAGGCAAUGACUCCCUCAGAAAUGGCAAAUUCACUUGGGUUACCUGCCUUGAAGGACCGAAAAUGGCAAAUAUUCAAAACUUCAGCAACCAAAGGCACUGGCCUUGAUGAGGCAAUGGAAUGGUUAGUUGAAACAUUAAAGAGCAGACAGUAAUUCAGUCACUUUUGCUCCUCUGAAACGAAGACCACAUCACAUAUCCCUUUGGAAACAGUUAAGUGUGCUCCACACUACUAAAUUUUAAAGCUGUGUGAUUGUCAGCAUAUACCGAACUGACUGGAACACUUAUAAUACAUAGUAAAACUAAGUAUUUGGUUGGAAGGGUAACUCAUCGUGAUUGAACCAACUGAAUGUCUGUCCUAUAUAAUGUAAAAUAUUCCUUCCUUGUUAUCUUGUGUUAAGGUAUAUAUUCUAUUUGUAUGCAGUUCUUAUUCAGAUACAGUCCUAUUAAAGAAUGUUCUCUUAAUGAGGAAAAAGCCCUCCAGGUUUUAAAUUAGUGGUUGCAUCUUGUUUGUAUUAAUACUAAUUUAUAUCUUAAUUCAGAUUUUUCCCUCUAAAAUGAAUUAGGUUUUUCCAAAGAUUAGGCUCAAUAGAGUAGGCCAGAACCUAGCGUGGGUAAUUAUAGUCUGCAUUUCUUAAUGACCACUUGGUCUAAGCUGUUUCAUUUAAAAGCUUUUGGUUAUAGGCAUGAAAUAAAUUAUUUUGGUGGCUAAUUUCACUGACUUAUCUGUAAUUAUCAUUUUAUAGUAUUUUUAGCUGUUUGGAAAUUUUUUUCAGAUUUGGACCUACUCAGUCAAUUUGUACAGGAAUCCUGCCAUGUUGCUAGGACAUCAUUUUUACAUCUUCAUUUUUAUGGACAUGGACCCAAAAUGCUGAUAGACUGGCUUGACUAAAGUCACCUGCCAGGGUGGUGGGAAUACAGGGCUUACAGAGAGAUUUAAGGGUCAGAAGCUUGUCCCAUGAACUAUACUAUAAAUUCCUGGAAGUGCCAACAUUGACAACACAACUUAAUUCCUUAUGUAAAAUUAAGCUAAUAGAAGUAGACAUAGUAGAUUCAAAAUAAUGUCUAUAAAAUUUUCCAUACUAGUAGAGGUAGUAGAAAUAGUCCUAAAUGGUUAUAUUUGAUUGAAUUCACAACACGGUAAACAAAAUUUCACAUUAAGGGAAAUUUUUUGAAAACAAGACUUAUUUUAAGAAGCAUUGUAAAGGAUGUUUUUACUGUCUUUGGUUCCUUCUAUCUACCUGUAAUUGAACGUGUAACUUUGGUGAAAAGUCAAAAUCUUAUUGAUUCUAGAGGGAGAGAAACUGAGUAUUCCUGAUUUUAAAAAUUAGGCUUACUGCUGCUAGACUAUCAAAAACAAUUAUUUCCUAAGGACUUUUAAAAGGAACUUUACAAACAACCCAGUCUACAGUGAGACAGAAAUAAAUAGACCUUAGUAAUUACUAAAACUGGGAGCAGUUUUUUUCAGGCCUUCUUCCAGGAGCGUGUGUUCCCAGUGUGCCCAGUAGUACUAGCAGCAUAUAACUGACAUUGUGUCAUAGUUUGCCAGGCACUCCUGAUGGGCAAACUGUCCUUUUCAUGUUCAUAUCCCUGACGUCCAGUAUGACGCCUGGCACAUUAUGGCACCUCAGAAUAUGUUCAUGGUUAAAAAUGGUAGGCUGUAUGUUUGUCAGCUAGGAAAAUAGUACAUCAGUGCUUUAUACUUGGGUCCCUUUCUGGUCAGUGGCACAUAGCUAGUGUUAGACUUGUACCCAAAUGGAUGAGCACUCCCCAGUGGUUCAGGACAUUGUGAAAAUAGAAGUGUGGGGAGGCGCAACCCUGGCAGGCAAACAGUGCCUGACAAAUAGCCGUGGUAGCUAAGGCCCGCACUUGGGUGAUCCUGAUCCCUCUGAUUUGCCACAAAGAAUAGGAUGGGGUAUAGAGCAUGCACUGACGUUAAGCUGGUAUAAAUGAGAAGGUCCUUGUCUAGCAGGAACAGCUGUACAGGUAUGUUAUAGGAGGUUGAAUGUUUAUAUUUAUAAAAAUCUACUGAGUCUUGUUUCAUGAGAAGCCUGAAAAGGACCAAACCUGAAAUCAGAGCAUAUGAGUUCUAGGCGCAAAGGGCACUCCAUCAGUUUCUGUUUGGUUUUUCUUUUUGUACAAAUAAUAUCAAAGGUGUCUUUGAGCGCUAACAUUGUUUUAUAAUUGGUUGGUAGUGGUGCUGUGCCACGUGAUCGAAUUUAAAGACAAAUCGAGAGUGGAGCUCUAUUAUCAGCAUACCUGAGAUGCACUUAAAUUGUGGAAACGCAAGCUCCUUGAGGGCGGGGACCAUACCUUAUUUACUGUUAGAACCCCAUGCGUCUAGUGUGGUGCACCUGGCACAUACUUGGUACUGGGCUCUCAAUAAAUAUUUACUGGAAUAAAUAUUGAUUAACUGCUGAUUAAAAUGAUUAAAUACUGAUGAAAACAAA